AUGGAAGUAGCUAAUUGUCCACAUGUACAGAAGCAGAAUUUACAGGCAUCAUGCCGAAAAGUUAAUUCUGGAUCGCAAAAAGAUCUGUGGCUUGUUGUGCGAGAUGGAACUCUGAAUGAUGUAGAGUCAGCAUUAGCAUCACUAAAAAAGAGUAGCGGCAAUAUCAAUUUGAGGAACACCUUCGGGCUGACUCCUCUUCACGUUGCAGCUUGGAGAAACCACAUUCCCAUUGUAAAGAGGCUUCUUGCGGCUGGUGCAGAUCCUGAUGCUCGGGAUGGAGAAUCAGGAUGGAGUAGCCUUCACAGGGCUCUGCAUUUUGGUCAUCUUGCUGUUGCUAGCAUCCUUCUUCAGCACGGUGCUUCAAUUUCAUUGGAGGACUCUAAAUCUCGAAUACCUAUAGAUCUCUUAUCUGGCAAUGUGUUUCAGGUUUUUGGAAAUGAACACGAUUCAGUUGCUACCGAGGUAUUUAGUUGGGGCAGUGGUGCAAAUUAUCAGCUUGGAACUGGAAAUGCGCAUAUUCAGAAGUUACCAUGUAAAGUUGAUUCACUUAAUGGUUCGAUCAUUAAGCUGAUUUCUGCGGCAAAGUUCCAUAGUGUGGCACUUACUGAUCGUGGAGAAGUGUAUACUUGGGGAUUUGGAAGAGGGGGACGUCUGGGGCAUCCUGACUUUGACAUACACAGUGGUCAAGCUGCGGUCAUCACUCCCCGCCAGGUGACUUCUGGUCUAGGUUCUCGCAGAGUGAUGGCAAUUGCUGCAGCUAAGCACCAUACUGUUAUUGCUACUCAGGGCGGUGAAGUGUUCACUUGGGGAUCCAAUCGAGAGGGACAGCUUGGGUACACUUCUGUUGAUACACAACCCACAGCUCGUAGAGUAUCUUCGUUGAAGUCCAAAAUUGUUGCCGUUGCUGCAGCAAACAAGCACACAGCUGUAGUUUCUGAUUUAGGUGAAGUUUUUACAUGGGGUGGCAAUAGAGAGGGCCAGCUUGGUUACGGCACCUCAAACUCGGCCUCUAACUACACCCCGCAUGUGGUUGAAUCCUUGAAGGGAAAGAUCUUAACUGGAGUUUCUGCUGCAAAAUAUCACACAAUUGUUUUAGGAUCUGACGGAGAGGUAUUUACCUGGGGUCACCGACUUGUUACUCCAAAACGUGUUGUGAUUACUAGGAACUUAAAGAAAAGUGGAAGCACUCCUUUAAAGUUUCAUCGCAAGGAACGACUUCACGUAGUUUCUAUAGCUGCUGGAAUGGUACACAGCAUGGCUCUUACAGAAGACGGUGCAUUAUUUUAUUGGGUCUCCUCAGAUCCUGAUCUUAGAUGCCAGCAGUUAUAUGCAAUGUGUGGGAGAAAUAUGGUGAGCAUAUCAGCUGGAAAGUACUGGACUGCAGCAGCUACAGCUACAGGUGAUGUUUACAUGUGGGACGGGAAGAAAGGUAAGGAUAAGCCGCUUGUUGCAACUCGGAUGCCUGGUGUAAAGAAGGCUACUUCAGUUUCAGUUGGUGAAACACAUUUAUUAAUUGUGGCUUCCCUUUAUCAUCCUGUCUACCCUAUCAACAUGAUUGAUGAUUCUCAGAAGCUCAAGUCGAGUAACACAAAUAGUAUGGAAGAGUUCGAUGAAGACAUUUUAUUUGAGGAUACCGAUUCCCAUAAUACAAUAUAUACAGCUCAAAAUGAUAAUCUUAGACAGAGAUCUACACCCAGCUUAAAAAGUCUUUGUGAAAAAGCAGCAGCAGAGUGUCUGCUGGAGCCACGAAAUGCCAUACAAUUGCUUGAGAUUGCUGAUUCUCUUGGAGCUGAUGAUUUGAAGAAAUACUGCGAGGACAUUGUCAUGCGCAACCUUGAUUACAUACUUUCAGUUUCAACACAUGCUGUAGCAAGUGCCUCACUAGAUAUUUUGGCGAGCCUAGAAGGGUUGUUAGACCAGAGAUCAUCUGAGGCAUGGAGUUACCGUCGACUCCCUACUCCAACUGCUACACUCCCUGUCAUCAUUGACAGUGAAGAGGAUGAUAAUGAGAUAGAGUGUCAAAAGACCUAUGACAAACCCAUGAAAAUAUCUGCAUUGAAAUUGGAGAAAGCUCAAAGGUCAGAUUCCUUUCUACAGCCCAAGGAUGAUUCUGAUAGUGAAAUCUCCAAAGUAGUUCGAGCUAUAAGGAAGAAGUUGCAGCAGAUUGAGAUGCUCGAAACUAAACAGUCUAAAGGACAUAUUCUCGAUGACCAGCAGAUGGCAAAACUUCAAUCUAAGUCAGCACUCGAGAGCUCCCUUGCAGAGCUAGGUGUUCCUGCCGAGACCUCACAGAAUAAAGAGUCAUCUUCUACACAAACAGAAGGGAAAGGUAGUAAGAAAAGUAAAUCAUCAAAAAAACAAAGGAGAAAAAGUGGCAACAAAUCAAGCAUAGAGCAGACGGAAAUAGAAUCUGUGUAUUCUAAAAGUGAAAUGAUUCCUGAAUCUGAAAACCUGUUGGACAUGCCAUCUCCUAAUUCAAAGGUGGAAGAGGAUAUCUGCAAAUAUUCCACAGCAGACCAGGGUGAAAAAGAUUUAGGUUUUGUUGUACAGAAGAAAGAUGCUUCAGAGUUGCUGAAGGGUAAGGGUCAGUCACCAAAGGUUUCCAAGAAGAAGAACAAGAAGGGUGGGCUUUCAAUGUUUCUGAGUGGUGCUCUUGAUGAUCUCCCAGAAGAGGUGGCUCCUCCUCCUCCUCCACCGACACCAAAAAAUGACGGUCCUGCCUGGGGCGGGGCAAAGUUUGGAAAGGGUUCUACUUCUCUUCGCGAAAUCCAGGAUGAGCAGAGCAAAAUAGUGGGCAACAAGCCACCUGGGGUUAAAGACAAGGUGGAUGAUCUUUCUGAUUUUGGCAGUUGCGGGAAAAUAAAGUUGAGUUCAUUUCUUCAUUCUAGCCCAAUACCUGUCGCCACAUCUCGAAUUCCCCAGGCAUCUGAUGGAGAUAAAAAUACCCCUCCUUGGGCUGCUCCAGGAACCCCUCCUCAACCAUUUAAGCUGUCUUUAAGGGACAUCCAAAUGCAACAGGUAAAGAAACAAGCCCUCUCCAGUAGUCCAAAGACUAAAACUGCUGGAUUCACUAUAGCAACUGGCCUAGGCUCCCCAUCGGAAGCAACUGGGAUGAACCGUUGGUUCAAACCCGAAGUUGAUACACCAUCCUCUAUUCGUUCAAUUCAAAUCGAGGAAAAAGCUAUGAAAGAUCUCCGACGCUUCUACACCAGUGUCAAGAUUGUCAAAAAGCAAUGUUAA